GGUUCGAAAGAAUAUCGAUGCUGGUGAUAUUGCUGAACUGCGUCACACUGGGCAUGUACCAGCCUUGCGUUGAUGACCAAUGCAUCACCAACAGAUGUAAAAUUCUACAGGUUUUCGAUGACAUAAUAUUCGCAUUUUUCACCCUUGAGAUGACAAUUAAAAUGGUAGCGAUGGGUGUUUACGGGCACGGCACGUACCUUGCCGACUCCUGGAAUAGAUUAGAUUUCUUUAUUGUUAUGGCUGGGGCUCUAGAAUACGCUUUGAACGUGGAGAAUAUUAAUUUAUCAGCCAUCAGGACUAUAAGGGUGCUCAGACCAUUGAGGGCUAUCAACAGGAUACCUAGCAUGCGUAUCUUGGUGAUGCUUCUUCUGGAUACUUUACCAAUGUUAGGAAAUGUACUUCUGUUAUGUUUCUUCGUUUUCUUCAUAUUCGGAAUUGUUGGCGUUCAGCUCUGGGAAGGCAUCUUGAGGCAGCGAUGCGAACUUGUCCUACCGCCGAACGUACUACGACCUAACAUCUCGUUUCACUACGAGUUCUCGAAAGAGUUAGACUACAUAUGCACAACGCCGGAAGACAGUGGAAUGCACCUGUGCGGAGACUUCCCACCGUAUCGAUAUGGACCUCUCGUUUGCAAUGAGUCUGCGAGACCAUUUUCUUACAACCAUCCGACCAAUAGUUCUUGCGUUAAUUGGAAUCAAUACUAUACGAACUGUACCCAAAGAGGCUCGAAUCCUUUUCAAGGCACAAUAUCCUUUGACAAUAUUGGUCUCGCUUGGGUUGCCAUAUUUUUGGUCAUAUCUUUAGAAGGUUGGACGGACAUCAUGUACUAUGUUCAAGAUGCUCAUAGUUUUUGGGACUGGAUAUAUUUUGUUCUUCUUAUUGUGAUUGGAUCAUUUUUCAUGAUAAAUCUUUGCUUAGUCGUAAUAGCGACUCAGUUCAGUGAAACAAAAAAACGUGAAAUGGAAAGAAUGCGAGCUGAGCGUGCGCGCUUUACAUCUUCAUCAACGCUAGCUUCGUCGACUAACAAUAGUGAGCCGGCUACUUGCUACGCUGAAAUUGUCAAGUAUGUCGCGCACUUGUGGAGAAGGUUCAAAAGGCGGAUGGCGAAAAAAAUCAGGGUAUAUAAAUAUCAACGAGCUCAAUUACAAUGGCGAACAAGUCGAGAAACACUUCAAUUACCAUCAAAUCGUCCGAAACAGCAUCAUCCUUGCUGUCCUCGUGUACAUCCACAGGGUAAUGGAAAAGGUGUUGAUGAAGCCGGGGACGAACCACUUAGCAGACCGAGCUUAUUACGAGUGCCUUCGCUCUCUGCCGCAGAUCUUGAGAAUGCAUCAAAUCUAUCACUCUUAUCGCCUCCGUCCCUUGCUCGAAGACGAUCUUCAGUAAUGUUCAGCGACACAGUUCUUCUACAUGUACCGAACGCACAAAAUUUGGCUCAUCCACAUAAUGUUUGCUCAUCUGAGAAAAUGACACAAACUGAGUUCGACCUGCCAGCAGGAGAGACUGCGGAAGAACGCGCUGCUGCAGGUGGAACCAUGUCAUGUCAAGAACUACUAGCAUUAUCUGGAGCUUUAUCAGCCGCCUUACCGACUGGUCAAGUCGCUUUAGAUUCAUUCUUCGAAGAAUUGACGAAAGGAAUUAGCAAACGAGCUGGUGAAGACAAAUUGGACACGAAGAUUGUAGAAAUAGAUGAUUUUUCAUGUUGUGCUGAACUAAUAGCAGCUGAAGCAGCAGCGGCUGAAAAGAAGAAAGGUCGACUUAUCAAUGCUUGUGUAAGAUUAUGGCGGUUGAUAAUGAAAAGAUUUUCGGAUAUACGAAAACAUAUUAAACAAAUUGUAAAUCACAAAUAUUUUCAACAAGGCAUUUUGUUGGCAAUAUUAAUAAACACAUUAUCCAUGGGAAUUGAAUAUCAUAACCAACCAGAAGAAUUAACCGUUAUAGUUGAAUAUAGCAACAUUGUGUUUUCUGCUAUAUUCGCAGUAGAAAUGCUUCUCAAAAUUAUUGCUGAAGGACCUUUUAAGUAUAUAUCAAAUGGAUUCAAUGUGUUUGACGGUGUUAUUGUGAUCUUAAGUGCAUUUGAACUAGCACAAAGUAUGGGUAACGAACAUGAUUUAGCUGGAAGUUCAGGACUAUCGGUGCUAAGAACAUUUCGACUCUUGCGCAUUUUAAAGUUAGUGCGCUUUAUGCCUAAUCUUAGACGACAACUUUUUGUCAUGUUGCGGACAAUGGAUAACGUCGCCGUCUUCUUCUCGCUUCUUGUUCUAUUCAUUUUUAUAUUCAGCAUCCUCGGUAUGAACCUCUUCGGGUGCAAAUUCUGCAAGAAAGAUGAAGAGGGCGAUGUAGAGUGCGACAGAAAAAACUUUGAUACGCUCUUGUGGGCCUUUGUCACGGUGUUUCAGGUAUUAACACAGGAGGAUUGGAAUGUUGUAUUAUUUAACGGUAUGGAAAAAACGAGUCAUUGGGCAGCGUUGUACUUUGUAGCUUUGAUGACUUUCGGCAACUACGUUUUAUUCAACUUACUCGUAGCUAUUCUCGUAGAGGGUUUUAGCUCGGAGAGAAAUGAAAGAAGGGAACGCGAGCAACGCGAAUUGGCUAAAUCGAAAUUGUCUAGCGAAUGUUUUUCUGACAACAACGAAUUACAAUACGAUGAAUCCAAUUCAGGAUCUCACUCCAGUGACAGUUUUUCCCAGAACGAAAUAAAGAACUACUGGAAAUCAGCAGACGAUGUGAGGAAAGCGAAGGACGACGUAAACGGUCACAAAGAUAAGACCGUAAAAGUUCGUCGUAAAACUAAAUCAUCAGCUCAUCAUCCAUCUCUAUGUAAAGAUUGCGCGCAAUCCAAUAAGUGUAAUAUUCAAAAGGAAUCAAAAAUGUUAGCCAACACCGAGAACAGCACAGUUGUACCAAUGAUUACUCAUACGGCGGCUACACCACAAGAUUCACCAUCAACGACCUUGGAACCCGGAACGACAUUUAGAGACUUUAAUGUAGCUUUGACAUUAGAAAGAUCAACAAUGCUGUCGAGCUUAGAUUCUAUUGACCGGAGUUCUUGUACCAGCAUACCAGGUUUAUUAAAACCACCAAAUAGUUACACUCUGACACUCCAUUCUGCAGCUGCUCAGUUAGGUGCUGAAAAAGCCAGACUUCCUCCAAUGUCUCUUGCUCCGCCACCCUUGUCCCUCGCUCCUCCACCAUCCAGAUCUACAUCGCCCGCGUCCACUCCAACCACACCAAGAUCCGUACCUUCUCCGAUGCUCCCAGAAAAAAACCUGCAGGUGACUAUUGCUAAAGAUGAUAAUUGUCUGAACGUGAGUGAUAAGUCGAGUCUACUGAGUUCACAAAAAAGUCUCGCAAUAACUACGCCAACUAUAAAUGGAGAUGACAAAUGCAGAGUACAACGGGGAUACAGCUGGCGUCUAUCGAGACCAAGCUUGCGACGCAAAAAGCAAAGAACAGGAUCCGAUUCAGACGCUGUUAUCCUAAAUAAUGGCCGUGACCACACAGCUUGCAAUGGUUCAAAUUUACGAAAGAACGAACUACUUCUGUCUUCAUCUAUGGUAAUCAAGAAUGACACGCAAUCAGAGUUUCCGAAUAACCGAUCCAAAGCACAGCUACCGGCUCCAAGAGUUCUUGCGCCGCCAGCAAGAAGAGUUUCAGCUCAUACUACACCAAUACUACCAGAUGUGUCAUGGAAAGCACCAGAAGCUGGAUUUUCAUCAGACUCAACAGUGAGACUAGACACCGUAAAAGCUCCACCACAUAGAUUAUCCCUCACAAAUGAUUAUUUAACAGUGACCACCGUAUCAGAAGUAAAGGCUAGUAACUUAACGCCGACAACACCACAACUAACUCAGAUUCCACCGCGACCACGAAACGACUCGUUACGACCAAAUAAUCAAGCAUUGCCAUUGAUAAAGCAAAUUAACGAAGAUGUCACAAUAAACAACAAUAUUUGUAUUUUCUCAUCGAGAUUCGAUCGACGGCAGUUUAGAUUUAAGGACCUUUUUCGAUUUAUGGAGCCGACGGGGUGUCUUAAGGAAAAAGAGGAUUAUUCUCUUUACAUAUUUGCUCCAAAUAACAAGAUACGAAGAUUAUGUACGUGGAUGGUUACGAGAAGUUGGUUCGACAAUAUAGUGCUAUUGUUCAUAGCUUUAAACUGCAUCACACUAGCCAUGGAGCGACCUAACAUUCCUCCUGAUUCUAAAGAAAGGUCCUUCCUUUCAAGUGCUAAUUACGUUUUCACCGUUGUAUUUGCGGUCGAAAUGUUUAUUAAGGUGGUGGCAUCUGGAAUGUUCUACGGAUCGGAAGCAUAUUUCACUUCAGGAUGGAACAUAAUGGAUGGGUCGCUCGUCAUUAUAUCUAUUAUUGAUCUAUUGAUGUCUUUAGUAUCUGAAUCCAGUCCAAGAAUAUUUGGAAUUUUAAGGGUAUUUAGAUUAUUAAGAUCAUUGAGGCCUUUAAGAGUAAUAAACAGAGCCCCUGGUUUGAAAUUAGUGGUUCAAACAUUGUUAUCAUCACUGAGACCCAUCGGGAAUAUUGUACUUAUAUGUUGUACUUUUUUUAUAAUUUUCGGUAUACUGGGAGUGCAGUUAUUCAAAGGAGCGUUCUUUUAUUGCGAAGGCGCGAAUAUAAAAACUGUUAGGAAUAAAUCCGACUGUCUAGCGAUAGAAGGCAACGUUUGGGUAAACAGGAAGUAUAACUUCGACGAUUUGGGUAAAGCUCUGAUGUCACUGUUUGUCCUUAGUUCGAGAGAUGGUUGGGUUAAUAUUAUGUAUACGGGUCUCGACGCUGUAGGAGUUGAUCAACAGCCGAUAAUAAAUUAUUCGGAAUGGCGACUUCUUUACUUUAUCGCAUUUAUACUACUGGUGGGUUUUUUCGUACUGAACAUGUUUGUGGGAGUCGUUGUGGAGAACUUUCAUCGAUGCAGAGAAGAACAGGAGAAGGAAGAGAGAGUGAGACGGGCUGCUAAACGAGCUCUGCAAAUGGAGAAGAAAAGACGAAAAAUGCAUCAACGACCUUACUAUUCGGAUUACUCCCAAUACCGUCUCUUUGUACAUAACGUCGUCACUUCCAAGUACUUCGACUUAGCCAUUGCAGGUGUUAUCGGUCUCAAUGUCGUCACCAUGGCUAUCGAAUACUAUAGAAUGCCACCAGCUUUGCAAUACGCAUUGAAGAUUUUUAAUUAUUUCUUUACGGCCGUUUUCAUACUUGAAGCAGCUAUGAAACUUGUAGCGCUCGGUUUCAAAAUUUACUUAAAAGAUAAAUGGAACCAACUUGAUGUUAUAAUUGUUAUACUAUCAAUUGUGGGGAUAGUUUUAGAAGAACUGGAAACGAAUAUAAUACCAAUAAAUCCAACAAUAAUGAGGGUCAUGCGAGUUUUAAGGAUUGCGAGAGUGUUAAAAUUAUUGAAGAUGGCAAAGGGUAUAAGGGCGCUGCUAGACACGGUCAUGCAGGCGUUGCCGCAAGUCGGAAAUCUGGGACUGUUAUUUUUUCUUUUAUUCUUCAUAUUCGCGGCCUUGGGUGUCGAAUUGUUCGGCAGGCUCGAAUGUUCAGAUGAGAUUCCUUGUCAAGGUCUUGGGGAACACGCCCAUUUUGCUAACUUUGGAAUGGCGUUUCUCACAUUGUUCCGGGUAGCGACAGGUGACAACUGGAAUGGCAUUAUGAAGGACACUCUACGGGAGGACUGCGACAGCUCCGUAGAUUGCGUGAGGAACUGUUGCGUGUCAACUAUUAUUGCGCCGAUAUUUUUCGUCGUAUUCGUCCUAAUGGCACAAUUUGUCCUCGUCAACGUUGUGGUCGCCGUCCUCAUGAAACACCUAGAAGAAUCCCAUAAGCAAAUGGAAGAUGAAAUCGAUAUGGACGUCGAACUGGAACGCGAACUGGAACGAGAAGCUGACGACGAAGAAGAUAGAGCGUUGUGUCGCGCACUCGAGCAAUGUACUUCACCACCUCGGCCUUUAAAUAAGGUACCCUCCCUUCCGGCAAAUUUCACUUAUAGUGAGCCAAAACAACAGCCGAUACCCUCACCCGCACGCAGACGACGCACACUACACUCGCACCAUGCUUUACUACCAGCGGCUCUACCGCAAAGACGAGCCUCCCUCUCGCCUCAUGCAUUCGGACGACGUCGGCAGGACUCCGCUGAGACUCCAGCCGCACUCUAUGAGGAAGACGCUCGUUUCAUCGAUGCGGACGAUGUCGACGAACUCGAACCAGGAAGUCCGCCACGAAGAGAUUCAUUCGCACAGAACAGAAGACAGCGAGCUGACAAGAGGAACUCACUCCGUGGCGAGGAGACGAGGCUAUUGCGACCAGCUCCAGUUCUGCUCGCGGUCCCCACGACCAGGCAGAGCAUUCGACGAGGUAACUCUAAGCGAAGGUUGUCCACGGAAUCAGGUGCGCCGAACGACAUAUCGCGUGCAUCCUGUACUUCACCACAGCUUUCCCCUGAUGAUCCGCCAAUAACUGAAGAGGAGGAAAUCAGGAUCGUCAUAGCAGAAAGACGUAAGAUCGAUUCAGUUAGGCCGGAGUUGGAGGACGUGGAGCUUUCGGAGCGUGGCUCCUAGUCCAGGCGGGGCCGGCCGCAGCAACACCACGAGGUCUACAUCUGAAUCAACCUAGAUCGGGAUUCUAGGUGUGGACCUGUUCCCUCUCCAUACGACUACCCCGCCUUCCUUCCGCGAGUGUGAUGGAUCGUUCAAAGUUUGGACUCGGUUGUAAAGUGACAGUGAACGAUAUUAAUACAAUUUGGUGACUUUUUCAAGGAUGAACUAAGCUAUAAUCACUUUUUUAACCGAUUGAGUGUGUGUUCGUUUUGUUGUUUGGACCUGUUCUAUUCAUUUUCGUCUGAUCUAUUCCGAAAUCCUUUAUUUUCCACUGCGGCCGGUUCGAUGAUUUGAUCGAGAGACUUUAAUAAAUUUAAGAUUUAAUUUUUAACUUAGUUAGGUAGCCGUUAGAACUAGUCAAUUUUGUGGUGGUGGGAUGUUUUCUACGAGUGCUAAUACUUCAUAACUUGUUUUAGUAAUUUAUUCGUACGGUGCUUGCUGUUAAUGUUUGAUUCGUUGUGUAAAUUUUACUUUAGGGCUCUGUAAAUCCUCAACGAAUAAUCUGUUUGCGUGUGAUAAUGUUUAGUUUCAGUUGAUGUUUGUAGUUAUGUUUUAGGUGUCGAAUGUUAGGUUUAAUUUAAAUUUUAAGUACGGGUUUCGAAUCAUUGAAAUUUAGAGCUAUAUAAGUUAACGGUUUGAAAAGCCUAUUAAAAUGUUGUUUUACGUGUUAAUAUUUAGUUUUUACUAUACCAACAUGUAGUAAAGGACUGUUUAGACUCGUAGUGAACUAUAUCUAGUUAAAUCUAUGUCAAUCUAUUAGUAUUAAAAACAGAACCAAAAGUUCGCGAAUUGAGUAAUCUCUUUUAAGACAAAAAUAAUAUUUUCUGAAUAUAAAUGAAUCCUAUUUUCAUACAAAAACAUGUACUUAUUUAGAUUUUAACUGGCAAUACGCACAUGUUAGGACGUAGAAUUACAUUUGAAUUGUAAAAUACAAUUCCAACAAAGCAGAUACAACAUAAAACGAUUUCGUGAACCACUUGUCGAAUUCAGUAGGUUUGAAUAAUCCUAGUGUUUGUAUGUAGCGAUGUAUUUUAAUAGCGGUGCCAAAUUUACAGAUGUUUUAUUAAAUUUAUUUACAUAUUAUUAUAUUAUAUUGUGUAUUGUCUUUGAAAUUCUAUUUACUCUAUGCUCAGUAUCAGUUUUUAAGUAAAUUCGAAAGACACCACCCGUGUUUCUUCUUAAUAUAUGUUAUUUUAUUAUAACGUGUGUAGUUUGUUAUGAAAGAUGUCAUUAGUUAGGGAAGUCAGCAAUAAAUUUUAUACUUCGACUGUGCCUUUCCUAUUUCUAAUAUAUUAGCUUGUGAAUCGAUGAUAGACUCAAACUUGAUGUAUAUUGUAGUCCUAACAAAUUAUAUAAACAAAUGUUACAUUUCUUUAAACAUUUCACUUUGUACUUCAAAUAUUACUUCCAAAUCAGAUUCUAUCAUUCCAAAUUAUCUUGAAUAUUUCAGCACUUUUCAUAUGAGUUUCGUACUUAAAUGUUUUUAUAUUAUUCUUUUGUACUAAUUACGGGAAAUUCAACUAUUGCAUUUUUGUAUCGCAUUAUUCUU